ACACACUGUGUGUCUGUUACGAGCCUUGAAGUGGCACAUGGAACCGAAACAGUCAAAUCCCUGUCUCUAAAUAUGGCGAAACCUACUGGCACUGACAGCACACGGAACGGUCGGGAAGUUUUUUUUUUUAAUUCUGCUUUUCAUGACGAUGAAGAGUAAAUGAGUUGUCACAUUUUCUGUACGUAUAUGUGAGGUUGUCUCAACUAGUUUCAUCAUAUGGUUCUAUUGCUGCCGCACGCGCGUCUGUAAAUGCGGCAGCGCUGGCGACUCCCGUCUGAUCUGACGCUCACAGCUGGAUAUUAUCGGCUGUUUAGGGGGAACUCUGGAGAGCUGAAGACAGGUCAGGAGAGCAGAGACUGAGAUGGAUGAGCUGUCAAGCCCUAACAGACACCAGUAAGCGGGAAGAUUCAGUGAAUUAGACGCGAUGGCAGCGUCCAGCAACUCGAGUCUGUCGGGUUCCUCCGUCUCUUCGGAUCCUGAAGAUUAUCAGCCACCAAUAUGGAAAUCGUACUUGUACCAGCUGCAGCAGGAAGCACCAAGACCAAAGAGGAUCACAUGUCCUCAGGAGAUGGAGAGCAGACCCAAGUUCUAUGGAAGAGAGUUCCAUGGUCUGAUUUCCAGAGAGCGUGCAGAUGAACUGCUGGCUGGUACAGAAGGUGCUUACCUCAUUAGAGAGAGUCAGAGACAACCAGGAACAUAUACACUUGCUUUGAGAUUUGGUGGCCAGACUCUGAACUACAGACUCUUUUAUGAUGGAAAGCACUUUGUGGGAGAGAAACGUUUCGAGUCAGUUCACGAUCUGGUUACAGACGGCCUCAUUACUCUCUAUAUUGAGACAAAGGCAGCAGAAUACAUUGCUAAGAUGACCACAAACCCCAUCUAUCAGCAUCUGGGCUACACCUCUCUCCUGAGGGGCAAAAUCACUCACAGACUCAACCAGACCCGCUCUGAGCCCAAAAAAGUUACUUUCCAGCAGGAUGAAAAGAUCAGCCCAUCACCACUGAGACGACGGACCACAAUCAAGGAUGGACCGGAGAAACACUGCAAUUAUGAGAAGAUCCACAACUUUAAGGUGCACACCUUCAGAGGGCCGCACUGGUGUGAAUACUGUGCAAACUUCAUGUGGGGUCUUAUCGCCCAGGGCGUCCGUUGCUCAGACUGUGGGCUGAACGUGCACAAACAGUGCUCCAAACUCGUGCCCAGUGACUGUCAGCCAGACCUACGCAGGAUCAAGAAGGUCUUCAGCUGUGAUCUCACCACGCUGGUCAAAGCCCACAACUCGCAACGGCCAAUGGUUUUGGACAUGUGUAUCAAAGAGAUCGAGCACAGAGGUUUGAAAUCAGAGGGUCUGUACAGAGUGUCAGGCUUCACAGAACACAUAGAAGAUGUCCGCCUGGCCUUCGAUAGAGAUGGUGAGAAGGCAGACAUCAGUGCCAAUAUGUACCCAGACAUCAAUAUAAUUGCCGGAGCUCUGAAGCUUUAUUUGCGAGAUCUGCCCAUUCCAGUUAUCACAUAUGACGUCUACUCCAAAUUUAUUCAAGCUGCCAAAAUAACAGACCCUGAUUCUAGACUGGAGGCGGUUCAUGAUGGUCUCCUCCAACUUCCUCCAGCCCACUAUGAGACCCUGCGGUACCUGAUGACGCACCUGAAAAGGGUCACCAUGUAUGAGAAGGACAAUUACAUGAACUCGGAGAAUCUAGGAAUCGUUUUUGGCCCAACACUCAUGCGGCCGCCGGACCUGAACACACUCACCACUCUCAACGACAUGAGAUACCAGAAACUGAUAGUUCAGCUCCUGAUAGAGCAUGAGGACAUCUUGUUUUAAACGGCUGAAAUGAAGACAUCUUUUAAAGACUUUAAAGAGCGUGUACAUUUUAAAAAGCAGCCUGCCACACAUUUCAAAGAUAUUAUGUUUUCUCUUUUGUGUACAAAAUUUGGACUUAUAUGCACAUUUCUCUCAAUGUGUUUCAGUUCCCCAAACAAAUACUGCUAAGCAUGGAUAAAAAUAAACAUUCGUGCCGAAAACAGAAUUAAUUAUAUUGAUGGGCAUUUUGUUUAAAGGAGUAGUUCACCCAAAAUGAACAUUUCCAGAAACUUUGGAUGUACUGUAGAUGAGUUUGUUUCCCAGUCAGAACUUUUUUUUGAGAAAUUUAGCGUUUCAUUACCUGCUCACCAAUGGACCCUCUACAGUGAAUGGGUGCCGUCAGGUUAAGAGUUCAAACCGCUGAUAAAGACAUCGCAAUAAUCCACAAGUAAUCCACAUGACUCCAGUCCAACAAUUAACAUCUUGUGAAGAGAAAAGCUCUUAAAAAGAUGUUAACUGAUUAUGAUCAUUGAUGAACUGAAGUUGGUUUUUUGAUCAGCUUUUUGGACUCUCGUUCUGAGAGGGCACCCUUUCACUGCAAAAGAUCCACUGGUAAGCAAGUGAUAUAAUUCUACAUUUCUCCAAAUCUGUUCUGAUGAAGAAACAAACUCAUCUAAAUCUUGAAUGGCUUGAGGGUGAUUAAAUCUUUUGGUGGGGGGGGGGGGGACUCCUUUAAAUCAAAUUACAGUAAUUAUACCGUAUGAAGCUAUGGUCAAUUAGCAUUGCAAAACUGACAUAUUGUCAAGUAUGAUUAAAAAUAUAUGUAUUUUUAUGGAUCAUGACGUGUAUGUGUGCUAUAGAGGCAAGUCAGUUGAGAUCAUGUGUAAAGCACUUUUUAAUUUUACAUGGAGUGUAAAUAGAUAAUAUUUUGUUCACCCUGUGUUAAUAAUGUUGUGUUUAACCCAUGCCCCCUUCAAAUUAUAUUUUGUUAGCCCUGACAGUGAUUAAGUGAUCUACAUUAUCACCCUGUGAAUGGACAAAAUGGUUCUGUGAGCUUUUAUUUAGUGCUUGUUCCUUCCUCCUUGGACUUGGUCCCAUUUCAAUGAUUUCGCUAAACAAAAUUACGUGACUCCUGAGACGAGAUCAGUUAUUCACCUUGGGGAAAAAAAAGUCCACAUAUGGUACCUUACCACAUACAUGGUUACCAUUAACUUGGUUUGAGUUCCUUCAAAUUGUUUAUUUGAUAAAACCUUUUUACAUAAAAAAAAAUAUUUUCUGUGAAUGAUUGUAAUUAUGAGUGUAAUUUAUCAAAUGCUGAUUUAUUAAAUUAUGUAAAUCUGGUUACAUUUUGACAGUCCAAAUGAA